CUCUCCAAUUAGUCAAUUACCCUCUUUCUUCCUGUUGUUUUCAACUAAUAGUAAAACCCUAACUCCUGUUUCUCGAGGAAGAAGAUUGGAGAUGGAGAUACAGAGUAGUCAGCGUCAUUGUGUGAGCUGGUCCGAUCUACCAACCAACGUAGUUCAAUUGAUCGCCUACUUCCUCAGAUUAAGAUGCAAAGAUGUGCAAAGUUUCCGAGGGGUUUGCACGAAAUGGUGGCGCGCCACCCACAUUUCAGCCUUGUUACCCCGCCGUAUUUCCUCGGUACACUCAACGAUCUUCUCCUCCUCUGUCUCUCUCCUCCGUCCACUUAAUAGCCCUAAUUCACCCGCCUGGAUGGUUCUCUCUGUGGAGGCUACCGGCGGCGCCACCCAAUUGUUCAACCCUAUCUCCAGAACUCGAAUCCCUAAUUUCCCAGAUAAUUUCGAUUUAUCCCGUUAUAAGUCUACUCCACUAGCCAAAGAAUACCACAUCGUCGCCGGUGACGACCAUGGUGACGAUUUCUUCCAUUUUCGUUCUUUUGUGUAUGACAAAGUGGUGAUUUUCUUUGAUCGAUGUAUUGCUAACACCCGCAACUGCAUUCUAGUGGCUUUAUCAAGGGGUAAAGUGUUCAGAGCACUGCCAUUUCAUCUCUCCCCGUAUUUCAGUAAGGCGUUUAAUCACAAUCACAAGAAGAUUAUAGUUAUCAAUGAUAUUACACGGUACAAGGGGAAGACCUACGCUUUAGAUAAUCAAGGUGCACUUCUCUCAUACAGGAAGUAUGAAAGAUUUGAUUUCGAUGAACUUCGGUUAAAUUGUCCUAAAAGCAAACUACGGAAGCGGUUUGUGGUAAUGCGAUCACCCUCUGAUGAAAAUCUCUACAUUGUUGUAGCUAUGAAUGGACGUGUUCAAGGGCCAGCAGGGUCAAUUAAAAUGCAUUUUAAAGUUUACAAGCUGUGUAAUACAGAUGGUUUUAGUUGUUGGACUGAGGUUAAGAGUUUUGGGGUUGGUGAUCAGGUGUUGUUUGUCUUCAAACAUCACUCUUUUUUUGUUCCUGCUGCUGAAUUCCAUGGUUGUCAACUCAGGAACUGUAUUGUGUUCUCAGAUGAUGCUUUCACUCAGUUAUAUUUAGCUAAAUCUGUACAGUUAGCUAAAUAUAAGGUUGCAGUUUUCGAAUUAGGUGGAGAAUAUCUUUACAGUCUGCCUAUUGAAUGUUAUCCUGGUUUCCCUGUGAUGUUGUGGUCUCCCCCACCUUGGGUUCUGCAGAAUGCACCAUCUCCUUAGCCAUCUCAAUCUCAAAGAAGUGAGGCUAACGAAGAUGAAAAGUUGCAAUAUGAUUCCAGUAAUGAAGCAUCUUCGCAAGAGGAAGCAUCCUCUGCUGCCUCUGAAGCUGAAUGCCAGGAACAAACCACUGAGGUUAUUUCAACCAAUGCUGCUCAAGCACAAACUACAAGAUCUCCUGUCAUAAAUGAUAUGGAGCAAUCUCAAUCUCAUAGUGAGGCUGAAGAGGAUGAAAUGAUACACUCUGAUUCCAAUAAUGAAGAUAGAGCAUCUUUGCAAGAGGAGGCGUCCUCUGCUGCUUCUGACCCUGAAUGCGAGGAUGAAAUGAUACAAUCUGAUUCCUUUAAUGAAGACAGUGCAUCUUCGCAAGAGGUACAAACCACUGAGAUUUCAACCAAUGCCGCUCAAGCACAAACUACAAGAUCUCCACCUGCCAUGACUGAUAUGGAGCAGUCUCAAUCUCACAGUGAGCACGAGAAAGAUGAAGGGGUACAAUCUUUGCAAAAGGAGGUAGCCCUUGCCUCAUUUGGAUCUGGAUGCAGGGAACAAACCACUAAGAUUUUUGCUAUCACAGCAGCUCAAUCAGAAACUACAAGAUCUCCUUCUCUCGUGAUCGAUAAGGAGCAUGUUGCAGUUGAAGCUUUUGAGACACGGAACUUAGAGGAACUACGCCAAGGUGGUUUUGUACACAAAGUCGUUGAACAAGCCAUUGAGAUGCCCUCUAUGGCUGAAGCCCGAGUAGAAAUCACAAGAACUCCUACCAUGAAUGAAAUGGUGUCUGAAGUCAAGGAAGAUAAUUUAAGGGAGGAAAGCAGAACUCACGCCGUGUCUCGGGCUUGUAUAAUCUCAGCAAAUCAGAGCAACAGAAGUGAUAACUUGACAGUAAAAUUUGAAGGAUUUGAUAUAAGGUCUAGUUUAGUCCCAGUAUUGCAAAACGUGUGGUCCAGACAUGGAAACAUAGUGGAAAAUAGCAUCAUCCGUAGUGGUGACUUGAUUGCCAAGGCGUUAGAGUCAUUGGCAAAUGUGAUACUCAUUCUGGAGGGCAAUUCGGUCAGAUCAUUGAAUGAUUGCCAAGUCGAUAAGUUGGGCUCUACAUUAUCCGACCUGAGAUGUUUCCAUUUCAAAGUAGACUGGCUUGUUCCUUGUGUGGAAAACGCUAUAGAACUGCACAAACUUGGCCAAAUCCGGGCACAAACUGCGGAAAAAAGAUUGAAGCUUCUUGAAGAGUUAGCCUUUCAAAUUUGGAAGCUUCCUUUUAACGGAAAUGUAGAUUUGGACCAACUUCUAGGAGGGGGAUUGCCGUGAACUGUGUGGUUAAUGGUUUGUACUUCUAUAGUUCUAUGUAUCUAGUAUAUAUGUACUGCUUUUUGUAACUGAUAUGGCCUUGUUCCAAUGCUUUAUUGUAUUUAUCUAUGUGCAGAGGCUUGGAGGAUGUUAAAACUUUUGCUGAAUUUCUGGAUUAUGUUAGUAUCAACAACUGCUUUCAAGUAA